UCCUACCAGUAUGACUAGCGCUCAUCAAACAAUUAGGCCAGUUCUGCCAUCGUCAUAUGCGUUGCUUCAUGAAAUAUUUUAAAAGCGCAAUCAAUGUGGGUUCCCUCCCAUUGUUAUACGUAUCUUUGCGAGAGACUGAUAGUGUUGUAAUAAUCGCAGGCUGAAUAUGAACAAUGUCUGGUUAAAGAGCGGACGUCGAAAUCAUCUUUCAGCAAAUACCUACACCAGUGCAAUACGUGAAUCACUUGCACUUCCAGUGCAAAAAAACCCGACAAUUCCCAGUCGCAGCGGGAAUAAGGCGCUUUAUGAUGAUCUCGAAUUGAUUCGUAAUCAUGUUGUCCCGGGAACAGUUGCGGACUCGAUCUUGAGGCAAAUAGAGAUCUCCAUGAAGACAAAAAAAUCCAAGGACCUUAUUUCGGAUUUCUGGAAGUCGUCGCGUUUUAUCGCAUCCAGCACUGUUCAAUGUGCAGCACAAAAGGCGCUUGAAACGACAAUGUACGGGCGGCCCAUCAAGGGGGCAUCAUCUCGACGGUGACGACGAGGGUGAUGAUGAAGAAGACGGUGACGAUGACAUUUAGUGCGCAUGGAA